AUGUCGCCAUCCACCCCCAUGUUUGGCCAUGCGAGGGGCAAAGGCUCCAUGUCGGCCCUCAACUUCCUCGCCGCCAGCACGGUGCUUCCUAUCGACCCUGUCAUCCUCGCUUGGUUCCCCUGGCAGCCGGAUCUCCCAACACCCGCCGGUAUCCACCUGUUACGAGCCAUUGCCAGCCAGCAUGGUGGGAUGCCGGCCCCUGUGGUGGGAGACCACCUCAAGAUCAUCUGGGAUGCAUGUCACGAAACCAGCAAGCAAACCACGGCCAAGAACCGGUACGGGGCUAGAUUCAUGGUGGUCCAGAAAGCCCUUGACACUCUCCUCCUGGAUUCGUGCAAGGCCUCUAACGGCAACCCGUUUGCUGGGACCAAACCUGGCGUCAACCCAGCCAGUUUUGACCGGUUGAACAACAAACUGAAUCAACUGUACGGCCGGCUGGACCACUUCUCCACACCUUUCGACUUGAAGCUGGACGAAAUCCGCACCGACAUGGACAACAGGUUGGAUCAACUCUCUAGCCGCAUAGACACCGCGGUUGUGAUCUCCUGCUUCAUCUCGCCUACCAUGCCUGAACCCAUCCACAUCCCCCUCAAGCUCCUGCUUGUUGACAUACACGGGAAUGCCUCUCUCAACACGUUACGUGCGACCGCUGCGUGCUUUGGUGGGGUUCCUGUUCCAGUCGACCCAGCGCAUUUCGUUGCCAUCUUCGACCUCCUGAACGUCCUCCGCAGCAGCGCCAAGGACAAACACUCUGCCGAGGUCGAGCUAGCGCAUGACCUUGCCGAACAGGUAUACAAUGCAGCCCUCGAACAUCCGUUCCACGAAACCAAACCAGACACUGCCAGCGAGAUCCCGGCCGAGCAACUUGCCGACGUCACGGCUUCAGGCGACCUCGUUCGCUCUUCACAGGGGACCGACCUUGCCAUUGCCCAGCUGUCGGCCAAACUCGACCAACUGGCGAUUCGGGUGGAUUCCAUACCCCCUACUCCUAAACACACCACCGGGCCCACCACCUUUGCUGCCUCCCAAGUCCUCUCAGCUCGCACCACCAAGCGCGAUGAGACGGCCAGCGACAUUGGGACUCUCAAGGCUCGUGUGUCGAUUCUGGAAGAGGACGUCAAGCGCCUCUUGAAGGAGGACAAAACCGACUAUGAGGAUCCUCGUGACGACACAUCGUCGGACUAUUCAGGCGCCGAGGAGGAAGGCCGUCACUAA